UUUUUCUUUUAAAGUCCAUUCUCUAGAACUGUCAGUUUGCCAGCUUUGACCAUGUCUGGGAUAUCUGAACAUUUUAAGAUGAUAGAAAAUGAAGUCUCCACCAAAAAUAAUAAAAUAUGCUUUACCGAAGGAGUUCGGCUGGGAACAAACAUAAGAUGGUCCGGAUCCAACUAAAACACUCCUUUAAAUGUGUGCAUCUCACCUCCUCCCCCAUGUUUGCAAGGGCACAUUGGGCUUCUAAAGAACAACACCUUAGAGACCCCUUCUGAAGUUGGAAGCAACAGAGAACAUUGCUUAAUAGAAUUAAGCUAAUUGCAUGGACACAUGAACUUACCACAAGGGGUCCUGUCCACCUAUUCUGGAAAUGUCUGCAUGUGGAACAUAGCAGCAAGUGAAGAGUCAUCCUCUUGUUCAUCUGACCAACCUGUGUGCCUGGCCAGUUGGUCCAAUCUCCAACAGUACACAGCUGAACCCCCAGGAAGAUGUUUCCAAGAGGGGAAGAUGGCAUCAGGUAACCCCAGGGAACUGGAUCCAGGAAGUCAGCCUGCACAGAUAGGAGAGGGCACUCUGGAAACUGAGGCGGUGUCACUGGCUGUAGGGGAAGGGUUCCCAAAUGAGAUUUCCCUCUCAUUUUUGGUCAAGAGUCGUUCAGAACAGGGCCUCAAUGCCCAGCUGCAGGAGGCAGCAAGAAAGAAGCUGUGGGCCCUGGAAAAUGAUGAUAAAGACGUGUGUGCUCUUUUCAAGGAGCUGUCAGCCAGGCUGGUGUGUAUCCAUGCCCAGGAGAAUCGCUUUCUACUCUCCUUCAAGACUGUAGAAGAAAUUUGGAAGUUUUCGACAUACUUAGCACUUGGCUAUGUGGGUUGCUGUUUGGAGCAUCUUCUUUUCACUCCAGAGUACUGGCUGAACUGUGCUUUGGUGGAGGACACUGAGAUCAUUGUUGCUCUAGAUGAAGAUCACAUGGCCACCAUGUACCUAGGCCUUCUGCUUCAGGAAGGAAACUUCUUUGCCAGGGUGGUGGUUGGUGACCUGACAGAUGAAGAAGAGGAUGAUUUGAAGCUCUCCAAAAAUGAGUUCGUCCAUGUGAAAGACAUUGGGCAUGACACUAAAUGGGAAGGGACAUCUCUGUUGACCGAUCAGAGGGGCCUGGUCCCUGUCACAACCAUAGAACCAUUGCCCCAUCCCUUUUACCAGUGGUUUCUGAAGAACUAUCCAAUGAGCUGUGGCAUCUCCAAACAAAUAAGUGGACCUGGCUCUUUGCAGAUUGGCCAAGGGAGGUGCACUGCCACAGAGGAUCAUAGAGGAAGAGGAUGGGAUGAGCUGAGCUUCUGCAAAGGCGAUGCCAUAGAGGUCACUGGCUUUUUCAUUUCAGGUCUUCAGUGGUUUAUAGGAAAAUCCACCAUCAGUGGGGCAGUAGGCUUUGUCCAAACCAAAUGUGUGCAUCCCGAGACUUAUGAACCAAUAAGGAAAAGCCCGCUAUUUUUUAGUGAAGAAGUAGCGUCUCUUCUCCAGGUUCCAUCCAAUGGCAAUGAGAUGCAUUACAGUAAUCUUCUUGGCGAAUGGGCGCAGACAGACAUCACCUCUGUGUACAGGCUUGAUGGUUUUGAACCUGUUGCAAUGUACCCAAGAAUGCCAUCAGAUGCAGUUGUACAGGGACUUAAGGAUGGCUGGAUGUUUGAGGGGUGGGGGAAGCAGGCUAGCAAUAGCUUGCCCACUCCUAGUGAUUCUGAACAGUCCAGUCCUGUUGGUGAAUCUUCACCUUCUGCCCUGGAACACUUGCUUCUGCCAGAACCAGAUGACCUUGACGACCCCAAGUUCUUCAUUGACCUGAAUGCUGGGCAUAUGGAAGACUCUGAUGUUUUUGACCCUAUACUGACUUUUCUCAACCAAGAUGGCUAUGUGGCCCAUUUCCAAAGUCUCUAUGACCUCUCUUUUUCCUUCCUCAGUUCCACCUUCUAUGGCUUCUCCAGUGAGGAAGAACUAGUCUUAUACCUAGAGACAUCCAGGAACUGGGCCAAGAGGGGUCACCUUGCUUGGGCUCAUAUCCGGAUAUGCUUUCUUUUGGGCCGUCUCUGCGUCAAGAGGGCCAAGUUCUCCCAAGCACGAGUCUAUUUUGAGGAAGCCAUGAGCGCCAUGGACAGAGGUUUUGACGACUUGCCCCUGCUUGCCACGUUGCAUACAAACCUUGCUGCCAUUUAUCUGAAGCAGAAGAUGAAGCAGAAGUUCUUAUCCACGUUUGGGAAAGGGGUGGCCCUUCUGGCCUGCCUACCUGGGCACUGCUUCACUUCUGAGAAUGAGCUUGAAGUCAUGAUGUACAUCCUGAGAGAAGCCAUUGCUGUGGGCAACACUGCUUUGGAAGCUCGGGCCUGCUUCCUUGUCGUCAGGCUCUUCUUGCAGCUGGGCAAGUAUGACGAGGUCUUGCCUUUUGUGGAACGUUUGCAGUUCCUCUGUGCUGGUGUCUCUACCGAGGACUCCAGUGCACCCUGUUUAGACACAAUGCCUCUCUUGACCUACCUCUAUGACAAGAAAUACUUGCCACAUGUUGCCUUGGCAUCAGCCAGGCUUUUCCCCCCCACCGCUCUAAAAGGGGCACUGACUCCCAUUUGGAGAGCUGGAUUCAUCCUUGCAAACGCCUCUAAGCUCCUGAAAGUCCAAGAGAGGAGGAGCAGCAGCAGCAUCCCUGCUUUGACUUGCGUGUAUCUGAGCUGUGCAUUGGCCUUCUCCCAUGAAAACGGAGCUGUGUCCACUGAGAGAGCCUUGUGUACAGUGUUAUCCAAAAUGUACCUCAAGCAUGGCAUGUUACAAGCAGCUGUCCAUUAUUCAAAUAGGGCUGUUGCCCUUGGCAAAGCGAUGGGUGAGGAGGAAGCUUUUGAAUCCUCCCUUUCUUUGGGAUGGAUGUAUGCUUUGAGCAGCCAGCCAGGAAAAGCUUCAGAGAUCAUGUUGUGCCUCCUGCGUUCUCUGCGACAGACAGAUAGCAUCACACAGGAUGGGGUUGUCCACAACCUUCUGGCCAUUGCCCUUAAAGGAGAAGGGCAGGUGCAGAAGUCAGCAGAGAACUAUCUAAGGGCCUUAAAUAAAGCCAGGGAGACUGGCAACAGGCGGAACCAAGCCAUUGCAUUAUCCAACUUUGGGUGCCUGGCUGUCUCUUGCCAGGCAAACUGCCUAGCAGAAUGCUACUUUCUCCAGGCCAUUAGGUUGUAUUUUGAACUCCAGGGUGGAGAUGAUGCACAGAUGGAGCUGGUGCAGAUUCUGCUGUGGCUGGCCCAGUCCCAGGUGGAGAGGCAUAAGAUGGAAGAGAGCAGACUGUUUUAUGAGCUGGCCUUGGCAGUGGCCUUGAAGACACACAAUGUGAUGAGUCAGCUUCAUGUCACCGAGUCCCUCUACCAUUUCUAUAGCAAAGUGCAUCCAAAUACCGUGGCCUGCAUUAUCUACCAUGAGCACCAAGUUCUCCUAGCUCAGCAACUUCAGGACAGAGAAAUGGAAGGACAGCUUCUGCAGGUUCUUGGCCAGCUCUACCAGAGUCUACGGACAACCAGAUCUCUGAAACGGGCACUGGACUGUACCAAACAAAGUCUGAGAAUCUUCAUUGACCUGGAAGAAACAGUCAAAGCAGCACAGGCCUGGCUACAGGCUGGAAGGCUCUACUACCAAAUGCAAGAGGAUGACCUUGUGGAAAUGUAUUUGCAGGCAGCCAUACAGAUGGCACUGAAAUCUGGAGAGCUGCAUUUGGCCAUGGAACUGUAUGAAGAGGCUGGUGAUGUCUUCUUCAAUGGGAUCCAGAACAGACAACAAGCAGUGGAAUAUUACAGGCAAGGAGCUGUACCUUUGGCUAGGAAGCUGAAAGUGGUGCAGGCUGAGCUGAGAGUGUUCAACAAGCUGACUGAGCUGCAGAUUGGACUCCAGAAUUAUGAAAAGGCUUUGGAAUUUGCUACGUUAGCAGCCAGGCUCAGUGUGGAUGUAGGAGAUCAGUUGCAAGAGCUAGUUGCCUUUCACCGUCUGGCGAUGGUAUACUAUUUUCUGCAAAUGUAUGAAAUGGCUGAGGACUGCUACCUGAGGACAAUCUCUCUGCACUCACCAUUUCUGGAAGGUGCUCAGGAAGCAAUGUAUUAUUCCAAGGUUUACUGUCGCCUGGGAGAUCUGACUCUGCACAAAUUAAAGGAUGAACAAGAUGCAGCUAACUACUUCCUCUUGGCCUUGGCUGCUGUCACUGAGCUUGGCGACCAGGCUUGGGAAGGCAAGAUUAAGUCCAAGUUGGCACAGAUAUACAAUGCUUCUCAGUCAGACAAGAGCCCAAGAGGCUGGACCACAUAUCGGGCCCGAUGGCUGAGUGAAGGAAGAGAUGAUGUAUGACAUAUCACCAUGUGGGACUCAGGAGCUCUCAGACCUCUGAAACAGAAGGAACAAAGCUCAUUCUUCUUACCUCACUACCAAAGCAUUCCCAGGUGCCUCCUAGACCCAAACAGGAGAACAUGUCCCAGUGCUUCAAUCUCCCUGUGCUUUGAAAUUAGUUAUGAGAAAAACGUAAUUGGUUGUGGAUGGAUAUGCCAACUUCAUCAGCAUUUUUGUAGCCUGGUGUUUUGUUAGCAACACAUACAAAGAGAAGACAUUCACUGACACAUCCAGACCUCAUUUAAAUAGAUACAGGACAAGUCCAUGCCAUACAUUUAAAGCAGAUCUGUAGGUAUUGCUUAAAGUGUAAACUGAAAGCACAAGGUAGGAUGGAAACAAGAGCAAGUCUGAUGGAACGCAAGUUGGCCAGGCUUUGAAGGAGCUGGAGCUGAUCUCUGAAAAGAUACUUCAAGAAGAUGUUCAGCUUGUACCAUUCAACUUCAGUGCCAAAAUGGAGAGUGCUCUUUCACAUUCCCUGCAAGCCUUGAAUAAGCUGAAGGGCCCUGAGAAAGAAGAAUUUUCAUUUCUGCCGGGAAUGUAUUUUAAGUUAUCUAGGCUUAUAUUUAUUUCAGGGUUCCCCCCCCGUUUUAUCUCUGUCACCAGAGAGUUUCUUGGUGCCAAUGAACUGCAUUAGGGCCACAAAAAAUAUUCAUAGCAAAAGACAGAAUGUCAGAUAGCACCUUAAAAGAUAGAAUGUGCGCGUGAUUGAUAAAGCAGAAGACAGAUGGAAUGCAAGAGGUCUCAAAACCUGUUCUUCAGUCAAGUAAUGAACUACCUUCAUAACGGAAUUGAUAGAAGACUAUACUGGCAAAUCAACCCUGCCUGAGGCCCCUUUCCUGCCAUUCCUUUGGAACACGGAAAGCUGCUUCUACUGUGUCUGACCGUUGGUGCAUCUAGCACAGUAUUGUAGACACUGACUGGCAGCAGCAUUCCAGGGUUUCAGACAGGACUCUUUCCCAGCCCUACCUGGAGAUACCAGGGAUUAAACCUGGGACCUUCUGCAAACAAAACAUGUGCUCUACCACUGAGCUACAGCCCCUCUCUUCCUCACUGAUGUUUCCUCCUCACAAUUUUCCCAGCCAGAGCAGGAGUGGAAGAGGGAGGUGGGUAUGGAGAAGCAAGAUGGAUGGGUUUCAACUAGUCUUUAUUUCAUUGAUUUGGUCAUCUGUCAGAUCAUUUUAUGAAACUGGGCUUGGAGCAAUGUGAACUCUUCUUACACAUUAAGUGUGUCUUCACCCUAAAGCGUCCAGUAGAACCUGAAUUCCGCAAAUCACUUUUAAAAACUUAUCCUGCUUUCAAAAAAUUUGGAAUAUUUAGACAAGGGAAACGAUAGGCAGAGGUAAGCUGCAGAAAAGGGAUGGGGACCCUCAGGCCCUGCUCUGUGUCCUCCUUGAGUGCUUUCACCUGGUUGGAGUGUGUCCUUGCACUGGGUUGACGCCUCGUGCUAGCCAUGAGGGAGCUCUAGGGGUGGGUAGUGAGUGUGUGUGUGUGUAAACCUCUGACUUUUGUAUGGUUGGAUUAUACAAAGGUGACAUCCAUUGCUCUGCCCACUUUUGCCUCUGGCUGUACCUACCAUUGGUUUGGCUCCCCCAGAAGAUUGCCCAUGAGGGAAUAUGAUCCUUAGGCUGGAAAAGGUUCCCCACCCCAGGUACAGGCACAGAGGCUGAGGUGGGGUUAGCCUUCAAGAGCAGUGGUACCUCUCCUUCUCCAACAGUGGGCUACGUUGCUCUGCCUUGUGAAUGAAACUGUGGCUGUGGCUACAGAAUUCAAAGAAGCCAAACAUGAUAGCCUUUGCUUCAGGGUCAGGCCCUCAGUUCUUUGUUGGGAGUUUCUGCUUGGGUUAACCCUUGCACUGGUGAUCAACAAAGGAGUGUCCACAUAAUGCCUAUAGUUACCAAGUCUCCACUGGCCCUAGGACUGAGAGAAGAUGGAUUCUGCGUAUUUGGAGCAUAUGAGAUGUAGCCUGAAUUCCACAGGGGCAGUGGAAACAUUUCCAUAGCCAUGCUCUGUGGGCCUCUGCGUCUUAGUGCUGCCAAGAAGCUGAAUCCUUGCUCCAUUGCCUCUGCCCACCUUUCCUUGCUGGAUGCUCCCAGCCCUUCUUUCUGUUGACACUGAGCAAAUAUACCCCACCAGUUGCUGGGGAACACAAGGAGUGGUGGAGGGUGCUCUUUGCAUUCAGGUCCUGCUUGCGGGUUUCCCAUGGGCAACUAGUUGGCCACUGUGAAAAGAGGAUGCUGGACUAGAAGGCCAUUUGGCCUGAUCUGGCCAGGCUCUUCUUGAGUUCUUGUGAAAUGAAAAUAAAGCUCCCUGUUUUUUGCCUUUUUCCUCCUAGGAAGCCUUCUGCCCCAUUAGGAGAUGCACAAAGAGGUCUCGCAUUUGGAGCAGACACGCUUCCCUGUGAGGUAGACACUGGUAACAUAAGCCAGUGUCUGCAUCAGGCAUGGCUGGGCCCUUGGGCACCAGCAGUGUCAUGCUCCACAAUGCCCCCUCCUGAUGCAGGCAGCAUGGGAUUUAAAUAGGUCUGCCUGCCACACCUACCUCCUGCUUCAGCGCGUAUGCCCCAUGCACUGCCAUCGCUCAAGAUGGUGGCAGAGGUAUCAACCCCUUAAUCUUGGGUGAUGGCAGGCAUGCACGCACAGUGUGUAGGGUGUGUGCACUUAUGCACUGCCGCAGCAGGUAGGUGGUGUGUGUGUUGCCUGGGAGCUCGUGCUCUGUGAUCUGCAGCAGCAUCGGAUCACUGCAUCCCACAACCUGACCCUGGUGUGGAUCGCAGAGCAGGAGUUCCACCCUCCCAGCCUAAAGAAGGGCCCUGCAGGGGCCACAGGGGCCCUUGGUCAUGGCCCAACCUGGCCGCCCACUGGUGCCAGGCCUGACACAAGCCCAAGCUCAUUUCAAAAAUAUUGCAGAAGAAAUGGUGGUGGUGGGGAGUGCAUUGCUUGCUCAUCUCUGAAAUACUGGGGAGUUAUCACAUUUGCCUCCUUUAUGUCUGAACUUUUGAGUGUCUGCUGGGAGGUAUAAGUGAGGAAGCAGCACAAGUGAUGACACCUCACUGUCUUUAUGAAAAAAAUCCUUUCUCAUACAAAAUGAGAAAAUUAUUCAGGAUAAUAAUACUGAACUGUACCAGUGACUGCAAACAGCUGAUAUACCCAUGCCUCAGAACAAACUCCCUGCAGCUAAAUGUGAAUGGCCAUACCUAAGUAAUAUAGCAUAUAGUUUGCAUGCAGAAGGCCCAGGUUUGCUUCCUUGGCAUCUUCCAUUAAAAGGAUCUCAAAUCAAGUCACAAAACUGGGGCCUGAGACUUUGGAAAGCCACUGUCUUGUCAUAUUAGAUUAGAUGUGAUAAUAGUCUUGCUUGGUGCAAGACAGCUGCAUAUUCUCAUAUAUGGUGUUCGGAAUUGUAGCACGGAUUUACCAGCUUGCAAUGUGCAGUUUUGCCUUUUCCUUGUGCUAUAUCUCAUCUCACCACUAGAGAGCAAUAAAAACUACUUCCAGGUAAUGUUUAUUUUUCCAUUGUUAUUAAGAGCAAGAAUCUAUUUUGAAAUUAAUAAGGACUCCUUAACGAUCAGAACCUUGAAGACACAGCUGUGCCUGUCUGAGUGGACGUGGUUAGGAACAUCCUCCCACCCACCCCCACCCCCAUGGACAUUGUUCUUAAGUUUUUCUAAAUCCUAAACAGAUCACAUGGGUUUCCCUGAUAUUAUGUACAAUUGUAGGUUUCCUUCUCCCACCCUUCACUCAUGUAUCAAAUCAGUUAAAUGGCAAGAAUUUGCUUUCAAAAAUGGUGCAGAAUUGGGCUUUGUUGCUU